AUGUGGGAUUGGUGGGAUAUGUUGUGGUUGGGUGUUUGGUACGCGCUCAGCACGGCAAGCGCUGGAGCUGCAUCACAAAGUUUGCGCAAAGCCACCAUCCCGGUUUCUGAUGAACUCAUCAAUGGUUUUGAUCUUUUCAUCAGUUUCCUCCCACUCUAUUCCACGGCGUAUUCUUUUGAUCAUUUGAUUCUGUUUCAAGUAGCUUCCGAGAUGGAAUAUGAUCCAAGUUAUAUUGACUUGCGAAACUUCAUACAAGAUAACUAUAAGCAUCUCUUAGGUCUCGCUAUCUGCAAAGCUAUGGUACAAUAUUGUUUCGAUUUCUCAGUUUAUUGGAUCUCGUUUCUCGCCGUCUGUCUUGGUUCAAUGGAAAUCGAUCAGGUACACGAUGAUUUCUACAUCCCAAGUGAUAAGCUUCAUUGGCUUUCAGUUGUGGUGCUGCUGUUUUCUCGUAAUGUUCUCUUGAAGAUUAUGAUGUUACUGAUCCCAUAUUACUACCAUGUCCUAGUAACACCUUACUUUAUAGGUUUAACCUCAAGGUCAUCAUUGGCGGCCCGCGCCUAUGAACAAAGAAAGUACAUUGAAAUUGUUUGUGGGAUGUUGGCAAAUGCACUUAGUACAUACUAUUUCAGGUUCCAAUCUAUGGAUCUUAUGCUUGCUUUAUUGGGCUCCGCUGUAUCCUUCUUGUAUAUGUUUGCAACUGUCAAGCCGUCUACUGAUUUCGGGAUCAUGCAGUUCUUGCUUACACAAAGCAUCCAGUGUGCAGUGACCCUAUUUGGGCUCCUCCACUUUAAGACUCUUUUGGUCUUAGUAUUUGGAUGUUUAAUAUUGGUUUUCAGGUGGAAACUUGAAUCUGUCCAACUUCUCAAACUGAAAAGCUGGAGAGGGAAGUGCUGGCUAAAUUACCGUACAAUACAAAUACAAAAUGCUACGCUUUUCGCAGGACAGGAUCUUCUACUGGCCGCAUUUCAAAAUUAUCAUCCUUUACUAAUUUGGGGUCCAUCGGCACUUCUACUUAUAGUUUUCAUGAGGUUCAUUGUUUCAGGUCCGCGCGAGAAAAUCUACCGAAGCAUCUGGCAGUGGUAUUGGCAUAGGAUAGGUAACCUGAGCGCACCUUUGUAUUAUUAUGUCCAUUUCAGGGAGAUUUUGCACCUAAUGCUGCCAUAUUUUCACCAUUCCAAAUACGACUUACAUGGAGAUCCAAUACCGCCUGUGUAA